AUGACAGCGGAGGAGCCACAGGGGGAGCUGUCUGCCUCAGAGGGACAGGUCACAGAAGCACAGACUCACAAACAAGAAGAAGAAAAAGAAGAAGUCUACAUCAACCAAAAAGAAACGACCACGGUGCACCUGCUGCCCCCGACAGAUAAACUCCAGGAGGAUGAGACCCCCUCCACAGACAGUGAGGAGCCUUUCUGUCGUAUCUGCCAUGAGGGCCCCCAGAGCGGGCCCCUGCUCUCCCCCUGUGACUGCUCGGGGACCCUGGCUCUGGUGCAUCAGCGCUGCCUGGAGCUGUGGCUCACGGCCUCCAACAGCAGCCACUGUGAGCUGUGCCAGCACCAGUACUGCCUGGAGAGACUGCCCAAGCCUUUCACGGAGUGGCUGUGUGCUUCGUCCGUGCAGCAGCAGAGGCGCACUCUCGUGGGGGACCUGCUCUGCUUCCUCUUCAUCACUCCUCUCUCCAGUCUGUCGGGCUGGCUCUGCGUUCAGGGAGCCAGAGACCUUUACUUCACCAACGCCGCCGAGGCCCUGGGGCUGAUGCUGCUCACUGUGUCACUGCUCACCAUCUACGUCUUCUGGAGCAUAGUGUCCGUGCGGUACCACCUUCACCUGUACAGAACAUGGAGGACCACAGACCAAAGAGUGAGACUAAAGAUCCCUUCCUCCUGCUCCUCUGAGCCAGAACCAAACCAGCAAACUGUGCCCCGAGAGACUGCGGACAAAACCACCAACAAGGAGACCAUAGUGUGA